UAUAGCUGUAUUUUUAUUUAUUUUCAGUUUUAUUAAUGGAUCGUUUGUGGAACGCAGUAAAAAACGAUUCUGACCUACUGGAGAAGAAAUAUCUUAGUGUAGUCAGAACCGAAAACGAUAAAUACAGCAAAGAGGACGUUAGAAGUACCAGUGCACCAAGGACAAAUAGGAAGUAAAAAAAAACUACUGCUAUUGGUAUUAUUAUUAUGAUUAUUAGUAUUAUAAUAACACGAGAAAGGUAGGUGAUCUGGACCAUCAUUACGCACGCACGCGCGCGCGUCUGAGCCACUGACAGCGUGGGUCGACAAUAUGGCAUGAAAGCAAAACGCGAUUCUGUGACACGCUGAGAUUUUGCAGUGAUCCUGAGGACACUAUUCAGCUUUCACCGGCUGAUCUGAGCAUCUGACGCGUUUAUUCCAGGAGCUCUUAAUGUUUCAUUUGAUGUGAGGAAGAGGGUUGUGUCUGUGUCAUGUGGUGAGGAGGAACCAUAAUCUCAUACGGUUGCCCUCAAGCCACUCAAGCGCCCUUAAAACGAGAGAGGCCAGCAUGUCAGCAUUAUUCUGCAGGUAUUUCUCUAGAGCCUACCAGCCACAAGAGUCAUGUUUAGAAACAGCCUGAAGAUGCUGUUGGGGGGGAAAGCCAAUCGGAAGAGCCGUAACAGCAGCGAUGGAGGAAGUGAAGAGGUCAGCGACCUACGGAGUGCCAGCUUAGAUCCUCACCACAGUUUCGUCGGCCAAGGUAGCAGCAUUGACAGUGAGUGUGCCUUUGAAGGAGACUACGACGUUCCGCCUCUUUCCAUGGCCGAGGGUCUACAGCACAUGCGCAUCAUGGAGGGGGUGUCUCGAUCCCUCCCUUCCUCUCCUCUUCUGGCUCAUCAGACAGUCAACGUGCGACUUCAGCCAGUGAAGAAGAUCAGCACCGGUUCAGCUACAGCCCCUCUACGGAAACUUAAGUUUGUGGAGAGCCCUCGCAUACCUGAGUUUGACCUUGGCUCCCCUACACACACUGAUUCCCCAGCACAGAAUCCCAUCCUGGGCAGACACUCACCUGGGGAAGUAGGUGAGGAGCUCGGCCCCCCUCCUUCAGUGGAUGAGGCUGCCAACACGUUGAUGACUCGCCUUGGCUUCCUGCUCGGAGACAAAAUGAGCGAGGGCCCUCCGGAGCUGCACUACAGCAUAGAGGAGGCCGAGGACGCGCAGGGCAUGGGAGUGAGCGGCAGGAUGAGUCCAUGCUCCACUCUGACCAGCAGCACAGCAUCUCCUCCGGCCUGCAGUCCCUGCUCCACUCUGCCUGCUGGAGCUCCAGGGCAAGCCAUCAGCAGCCCCACCUCCACACUGGAAAGCAGAGACAGUGGCAUCAUCGCCACAUUGACGAGUUACUCAGAACCUGCGGAUCGCAGUGCCAAGCAUGGAGAGGGCACUCGCGCCAGCAGCCUCAAACUUUGGCAUUCGCAACGCGCCACACUCGACUCUGGCCUCUACCGCCUUGAUGAAAACAUGACUGCCUCCACCCACAGCCUCAACAAGAUUCCUGAACCCAGCUCCACCCACCACUCCACUCACCCCACCCCCCUGUACCUCAUGCCCCGCCCUAACUCUGUGGCAGCCACCAGUUCAGCUCAUCUGGAGGACCUAGCUUAUCUGGAUGAACAGAGGCACGCUCCGCUCCGGACUUCACUGCGCAUGGCACGCCAGAACAACAUGGCCUCCGGAAGAUCUGGCCAGGAUCUGAGAGUGCGCUUCGCUCCAUACAGGCUCCAGGACAUAGCGCUAAAGCCGUUGCUCUUUGAGGUUCCCAGCAUCACAGUGGACUCUGUGUUUACGGGCCGUGAGUGGCUCUUCCAAGAAAUUGAUGCUCAGUUGAGCAGCACCAACCGUGCGACCAACCAGGGCGUGGUGCUCGUUGGCAACAUUGGCUUUGGCAAGACGGCCAUAAUCUCCCGCCUGGUGGCUCUCAGCUGCCACGGAAACCGCAUGAGGCAGAUUGCCUCCGACAGCCCACAGGCUUCACCCAAACAUGGAGAUGGACUUCCUCUUACACAGCCACAGCCUAACCACAGUACGCUUGGAGGUGGAAGCUGCCCAGGAACUCCGGAGAUGAGGAGGCGACAGGAGGAGGCUAUGAGGAGACUCGCAUCUCAGGUGGUAGCGUAUCACUACUGUCAAGCUGACAAUGCUUACACUUGCCUGGUGCCUGAGUUUGUGCACAACGUGGCAGCUCUGCUGUGCCGUUCACCACAACUUAACACCUACAGAGAGCUGCUGCUGAGAGAACCACACAUUCAGAGCACGCUCAGUCUGCGCUCCUGUGUCCAGGAUCCACUCAGCGCGUUCACACGAGGAGUCCUCGAGCCGCUGGACGCACUGUAUAAAGAGAGGAAGAUGACAGGCGAUGAAGAUUUCAUUAUUCUUAUCGAUGGUCUUAAUGAAGCUGAGUUCCACAAGCCUGAUUACGGAGAUACAAUUGUCUCUUUUCUUUGUAAGACCAUCGACAGGUUUCCAGCCUGGCUCAAGCUAGUGGUGACUGUUCGAACUACACUGCAGGACAUCACAAAACCCUUGCCCUUCCACCAUAUCUCACUGGAUGCCCUGGAGGAGAACGAUGCUAUCGACCGGGAUUUGCAGGCCUACGUGCUGCAGCGUGUUCAUGGCAGUGCUGAAAUCCAGAGCAACAUCUCGCUCAACGGUAAGAUGGAUGGCGCUGGCUUUGCCAAACUCAGCUCACACCUGAAGGCUCUCAGUCACGGGUCAUUCCUCUACCUGAAGCUGACCUUUGACCUGAUUGAGCGUGGCUACCUGGUGUUGAAGAGCUCCGGCUACAAGGUGGUGCCUGUGAGCCUGGCUGAAGUUUACCUGCUGCAGCUGAAUAUGCGCUUUCCUACGCAGUCGUCCUUUGAGCGAGCACUGCCCCUGCUCAAUGUGGCACUGGCGUCACUGCACCCACUCACCGAUGAACAGAUUUACCAAGCGGUCAAUGCAGGGUCCCUCAGGGCCACGCUCGACUGGGAUGAUUUCCGCCAGAGGAUGGAGCAGCUGGGUGUCUUCCUGGUAAAGAGGCGUGAUGCCACGCGUAUGUUCGUGCACCCAUCAUUCCGUGAGUGGCUUAUCUGGAGGGAGGAAGGGGAGAAGACCAAAUUCCUUUGUGAUCCCAGGAAUGGACACACACUGCUGGCCUUCUGGUUUUCCAGACAAACAAACAAACUCAACAGACAGCAGACUAUAGAACUAGGACAUCAUAUCCUGAAAGCACAUAUAUUUAAGGGCCUGAGUAAGAAAGUCGGGGUGUCCUCAUCCAUUUUGCAGGGGCUGUGGGCGUCUUACAGCACUGAGACUUUAUCCACUGCUUUAUCUUCUCUGAGAAACCUGUACACCCCUAACAUUAAGGUGUCCCGCCUGCUGAUGAUGGGGGGAGCAAAUGUUAAUUACCGGACAGAGGUGUUGAACAAUGCACCAGUGCUAUGUGUGCAUGCUCACUUGGGCUACAUGGACAUGAUUAACCUGCUGCUGGAGUUUGGGGCUAACAUGGAUUCGGCAUCUGAGAGUGGCAUGACAGCACUGAGCUACGCUGCCACCGCGGGUCACCUGAACAUCGUCACUGCCCUCUGCAAGAGAAGGGCUAAGCUUGAUCAGCUAGACAGGAACGGCCAAUGCGCUGUGGUCCAUGCAGCUCUAAGGGGCCACAUGGAAGUGGUGAAGUUCCUACUGCACAGCGACUGGGGAGGUGAGGCGGCAAAGACCGUACAGCUCCACACUCCCUCUCCUACCAAAUCAUGUGACACCACACAGAUGUCCAGCCCAGAGCAGCAGGAGAAAGAGCAGGAGCAAGAUGGAGAGGAGACUCCACAGGAGAAGGAGAGAGAGACAGAGCUCCCUGCUGAGCAGCAAGAGACCAAGGAAGAUUUGGAGAAUAAACAGCAGGAAGUUCAGCCUCAGCAGCAGCAUGAUGCCUUCAGGAAGAGUCACGCGAUGCAGCAGGCUCUGGUAGCAGCAGCUAGUAUGGGACAUAUGGAGAUUGUGUCAUACCUGCUGGAUCUUCCCGAGAAAGAAAAAGAGGUUACAGUGUAUGCUCAGAUGAACAACUAUGACACUUUGUGGGGGGAAACAGCACUGACUGCAGCAGCAGGGCGUGGAAAGCUUGAUGUUUGCCGGAUGCUGCUGGAGCAGGGCUCUGAAGCUGCUCAGCCAAACCGCAGAGGAGUCGUGCCUCUCUUCAGCGCUGUAAGCCAAGGACACUGGCAGAUUGUGGACUUGUUGCUGACUCAUGGAGCAGACAUAAACAUGGUAGAUAAACAGGGACGAACUCCCCUGAUGAUGGCCGCUUCUGAGGGCCACGUAGAAACAGUGGAGUACCUUCUGGCUCAAGGUGCGUCCAUGCCCAUUACAGAUAAAGAAGGUCUUACUGCACUAAGCUGGGCAUGUCUAAAGGGACAUUUGCCUGUGGUUUGCUUACUGGUGGAAAGGGGUGCGGCGACUGAUCAUGCGGAUAAGAACGGACGCACGCCUCUUGACCUGGCUGCCUUUUAUGGAGACGCAGAUAUUGUGCAGUUUCUUGUCGAUCGGGGUGCUUUGAUUGAGCACGUGGACUAUAGCGGGAUGCGUCCGCUAGACCGGGCCGUGGGCUGCCGCAACACUUCAGUGGUGAUGGCUCUCCUCAAGAAAGGAGCGAAGAUCGGAUGUCAGACCUUGCCAAGUCGGCACAAAGGAGGUCCAGCUACAUGGGCAAUGGCAACCUCGAAACCAGACAUCAUGAUGAUCCUGCUGAGAAAACUUAUUGAGGAAGGGGAUGGCUUCUAUAAGAAAGGCAAAGUGAAGGAGGCAGCACAACGUUAUCAGUAUGCUUUGAAGAAGUUUCCUCGUGAAGGCUUCAGUGAAGACCUGAAGCCUUUUCGAGAGCUCAAAGUCUCUCUGUUUCUCAAUUUGUCUCGCUGCCGCAGGAAAAUGAAUGACUUUGGAAUGGCAGAAGAAUUUGCUACCAAAGCUCUAGAGCUGAAACCCAAAUCCUAUGAGGCAUACUAUGCUAGAGCUCGAGCUAAACGCAGCAGCAGGCAGUUUUCUGAGGCUCUAGAGGACCUCAGGGAAGCCAUAAAGCUGUGCCCCAACAAUCGCGAGAUUGUGCGCCUCUUGCAGCGUGUGGAAGAAGAAUUCAAGCGAGUCACCCAAGCGGAGGAGCCUGAGCUUGAGCCCCCACCAUCCCCACCCCCAUCCCCUUUACCUGUGGAGGAAGAAGAGGAGCCACCCCAUCAUACUCCACCCCCAGAACCACGACUGGAUGACAUGGAACCUGUGCAAGAUCUUUUCGAGGAUGAUGACUUUCUGGAACAGGAGCUCGAGAGCAUGUCCAUUGGCCUUCCUCCUGAACGCAUCAAUCCAUCCAGCCUCCAGAUUAUCCACAGCCCACCUCUCUCACCUGUCACUUUAUCAGGAGGCCAAGCCUUUGAGUUCCACCCAAGCCCCUCUUCAUUGUCAUCUCCAACUCGCCAAAGCUACCAAUCAACCUCACCUUGUGUCUCUCCCACACACCAAAAUUCCCAUUACCGACAUAGUCCUCCACACACUUCUCCUGCCCAUCAAGCUUCCUACCGCUUCAGUCCUCCUCCUAUGGGUAGCGGAGGUCAAGGGAUGGAUUACCAGAGUCCCCCACCUUCCCCACUUCGUCGCACAGCUCAAUACCGAGCCAGCCCCCCCUUGGAUAGUGUGUGUCUCUACCGUUCCCAGUCGGGAUCUCCUGUCCGCUACCAGCAGGAACCUUUGCCUAGUCGUCCCAAAUCACCCCUAUCUAAGAUGAGCAGUCAACGCUCCUUUCAGCUUCAGUCACAGCCAUCCCAGUGCUCCCAGUCCUCGCAACACCACCAGGCCCAGGGCCUCCGACUGCAGCCUUCAGUGGCCCAGAUUGUACGCACCAACCAGCCUGGUAGUGGCAUCUAUGGCCAAUUGGCCCACCCACUCAGCAGGUACCAGGGUAGCUCCAUGGACAUAGACCGGGAAAGAGAGAGGGAGGCCCGUCUGGUGUACCAGCCCUCCUUGGAUGGACGGUCCAUGUCUCAGGUACAGUCUAGUCUGAGUGUGGGUGCUCUGUGCCAGCAUGGAGGGCGACCUGGGCCUGGAGGAGUACUGGAAUCUGGAGUGGGGAAAGAUGAAGUGCCUCAACGCCCUGCCUCAGCCUACCGCUCUGCAACUGGAGGACCAGGAGGAAUGCGCUUUAGCCAGACACCUCAAAUAAGCCGCAGCCAGUCAGCAGCAUACUACCCUGUCUCUAAGCAUGAGCUGGAGAGAGCUGCAGCAGCAUCCUCCAUGUCCCCAUGCCAGCUGGGCUCACCUGAGAUCCCACAUCUGGUGCGUCGUCCCAUCAGUGCAAACACGGGUGAGCUGAAACCACACAUGUCCACCCCUAGACCCCUAAUCCACUCUCAGAGCGUGGGUCUUCGCUUCUCCCCCUCGAGCAGCAAUAUAUCCUCAGGCUCUGGUUCUAAUUUAGCCUCUGGCUUCAGGCCUUCCUCCUCCAUGGCCCAGAUGGAGAUCCCCCUACAGGUGUCAUACGAACGCAGCUUUGAUGAGCCAUCCUCACUUUCGCCCUCACAAAGCGGCCUGUACCCCAGCGAGCCAGCCCGUUCACGGACAACGCCCUUCAUGGGCGUCAUUGACAAGACAGCACGGACUCAGCAGCAGUACUUGCACCAGCCUUCCCGUGCAUGGCCAGUCUCAUCUCUGGACAAUGUCAUCACCAGCCCAACAUCACCAGGGAACCUGAUUCACCAGGCAUCUACAGCCUCCUCCUAUAGCCCACCCACCUCAUUAGGUAACAUUGCCUACUACAACAAGACCAACAAUGCCCAAAAUGGGCACAUGCUGGAGGAUGAGUACUAUAGCCAGCCACAGCCCUCAUCCCUGGGCAAGCUGGCAAAUGGAGGGGCCCGUGACAGAGACCUCUUGGAACGGGUCAGUCAGGUGCCCACAUACCAGGAUGUGAAGGUGGCACGGACAAUGCCCGUGGCACAGGCGUACCAAGAAAACAUGUACCGCCAGCUCUCUCGUGAUGCCAGGCAAGGCCCCACCUCACCCAUUAAACCAAAGAGACCCUUUGUGGAAUCAAAUGUGUAACAAGGCCAUUAGAGUGUAACGGAUGUGUGAUAAGGAGUGAGUGUGUGUUUAAAUGUAGUGGUGGUCCAGUGUGUUAAAAUUACUAGAAAAUACGUCAUUUUUUGAAACUCUACUAACCCAGGGAGGGUCAUGUUGAUAUAUUGCAACUUCAUGAAAGAAAUUGCUAAUGCCUUGAUCUGUGCCUGCUUCUGGUAUACUUGAGGCAUAAGCUUUAGCGCUAGAGCAAAAGACUCGAGACACUUCGACUUAUAAUUCCAUGAAUAUGAUACUACUGAAUGUUCUUUAAAGCUCUGCACAUUAUGUGAAAGCACAUUUCUGAACCUUCCCUGAAUUGAAGCAACAAACAUGAGCGCACACACACAGCUUGAGGAACAGUGUGUGUCUUGCAGUUAUUGUCCCACACGAGUGUGAGUGAGCAUCAUGAACAAAAAUGUGUGUGUCACGGACUGUUCGUGAAUUUAAAUGCUUAAAUCAUUUCCUAUCUUCAGUAGGCAUUUCCAAACUGGACUUCUAGGCCUUCCAGAGUAUAUAAUGUUGGAUUAUUCAAUUCUGUUUAAUAAAAAAAAAGCUGUAGUUAAAGAAGGAACACAAAGGAAUAUUUAUACCCGAGUUCGAUAAUGUACAAAUCAAAGCAUAAACCUAGUUUCUGUGUUUGUUUUAUUUUAAGUUAUCUUUAUUUUUGUAUCUUUUUUUUGGGCAGGAGAAAUGGUAGAUAAUAUUUUCAAAAAAUGUAGAUUCAGAGUUUAUGGAUUUAAAGAGGGAAAUGUACAAACUUUCAGAACACUUUUUCUUUUUUUUCCCAAAAGUUAUAUCCUCGAUUUUACAAUAAUCACAUUUUCCUAAUUAAGAAAGGACUAUCUGGAAAUACCCUGGAUACAGAACACAAGAUAAUUGUAAUGCAGACUCAAUUAGAAGUGAUCAUAAUUUAAUAAGUACUUGGGUUAGGGUUAGGGUUUUUAAACAAACUGAAACAGUUUGUGUAAAUCUGAUCUCUGUGUUCUCCAAGUUUGUACAUGUUCUGCUCAACAUAUAAAAAGAUGUUUCAGGGGAUGUUGAAUAAGUGAUGGUAGUUCCUUUUUUAUUUUGAAACCGUUUAAACAGUAACAGUAUUAUGCUAAAAUAUGAAAAGCAUUAGAAUAUUUAGCUAUAGUAUAUUUGUUUUAACCUUUCAGUGAAAAUAUUAGGGUUUUUUUUUGUUGUUGUUGCACUGUAUGCCCAUGAAAGCUCUGAAGAAAAAAUAGCACUUUAUUAAUUUCAAUCUGAUGAUGGAUAAAUCAUACAGUAGGCAUGGGGAAUGGCUCAUUUGGAUUGAAAUUACUAAGAAACUUAAACACUGGAAUAUUAUUUGUGAAUUAAUUGUCCUACUAGAAAAUCAAGAUAGCAGUCAAUGUUUUUGGUGCAAUCUUUUUUCUUUUACAAAGCUAAAGAAUACGCAGUAAAAAAAAAGUGAAAUUAUGUUUUUAAAACGCUAUGAAAACAUGUAUAUAAUAGCCUUUAUAGAGCACACUGUAUGUGCUGUAUAUAUUGGCCAAAUGUGUUUAUGCGUAAGCAAUUCAUAACUAUUUCUCUAUAGCUAAAUCUUCACUGUUGCAGGGUUAUGGCUAACAGCUAAAAGACAAAUGAAUAACAGUAUCUAGUAUGUAGUGGUGAAUAAAUGAGGCAAGCGUGAAAAACGGGUCUCCAAAGUUCGGUAGCAUUCUGAAACACUUCCAAAAUUAUUUUUACUAUAGAUUCAUAAACUUCAAGAAAUGUUUAACAAGUGUUUUUUUUUUUCGGAAAAGUCAUAAAAGCUCUCUGCGGUAGAAUGCAAUAUAGCCAUCAUGCAGUGUUCAAACUGUCUUCAGUCACAUCUUCUGAAUAACUGACUCAGACAGCUACUGUCGUGAAGUAAGCCCAUAUGUUUUAAGUAUUUACGCUAAUAUCCCUUCACCCUUUCUCAUGCAGGACUAACCGAUAGUGCUCAAGACGUUACAGUUAUUCAUCAAAUUAAAGGGAGCGAAGGACUACAAUGUUUCAUUCUUUAAGAAGGCAUAGUUUUCUCAGUGGAGAUUAUUUUGCUGUAAAUACAGAUGCAUGUUCUAUCCUCAGCCACCCCUGAGCUCAUGUGCACAUGCUGAAGUGUACUUGAUGUAUAUCUCAAAUGAAGCUGGUGCCCAAAUAAUUCAUUUUUCCAGUCUUUAAUUAGGAAACACACUACUGACCUCUUAUGAGUUGAACUGGGCUUUUAUUUAUUUUUUUAAUUUGCUUUUCAGUUCAUAUUACUGUACUUGCUUGCUGCGCCGAGUUCUCUUGUCUGUAAAUGUGAGCUUUCAGAGCGCUGUGACAAAGUUCUAUGACUACAAUAAAACAGAAUGUGUUUUUAUCAUA